AUGAAUGGAAAUUACAAAUGGUGCAUGUUCUUUUUGACAGUCAUAGGACUUUGGCCGUACUCAAACAAGAAAUUUCGACUCCUGCAAAAUGGCAUCAUAAGCCUCAUUACUUGGGCAUCCGUAAUUUUCCAGUUCAUAGCUUUAUUCAGUUUGGAGGGAAGUCUGUUCCGUCUGUUAAGGAUAAUAGCAUUUAUAUCAGGGGCAAUCACCGCACUUACAAAAUAUCACAUAACAUGGUAUAUGAUCGAUGACGUGAAAGUGUUUCUAGAUCGGAUCAGGCGUGAAUGGGAGACGAAUAAUGACGAUACACUUCGAAUCAUGCAGAUCCACGCCAUUCGUGGAAAACGUCUAGUAAUCAGUUUUGCGGUUGGGGCAGAAUCGCUUAUGAUCAUGAUCACCUCGCAUAUCGCUGGAUUAUUUGAAGUUGCUAGUCUUUUCUUCGAGAAAGCCGUUCUUGCAGAUUCAUCUGUAUCAUAUCUUCCGCGAAAUUGCAGAAAUAAUGAAAGCAUCAAUUACAUAAUUAGAGGUACUACAAUACAUCGAAUGGCACUUCAAUUUGUACGUGAUUUAAACAACCACUGCAAUAUAUCGUACGGUCCCACCAUUAUAUUUGGUGUGAUUGCCUUAAGCUCCCAUUCUUUUUGCCUGUCUCAAACGAUAUUUCGAGCAGCAGAUAGUGAAGAAACAAUCUUGUCCGUGUGUCUAAUCAAUUCUACAUUGGGAUACAUGUUUUGGAUGAACUUUGCAGCUGGAAACAUGAUCAGCAUGGCUGAAAGUAUUCCUCUAACAACGUAA